AUGCUGGUGGAGCUUCUCCUGGCACUUUCUUCACACGCAUCUGGCAGUGGAUCCUCGGCGGUAAAGCAUGCCGAUGGGGUGUUCAUCUUUGCACCGGCGGGGGUUUUCAGAUCCUGUGCCCUCCUCUUCGUGCGCCUGCUCGAUGACGACGUUCGAGCCGAGCGCGCUGAGGCUGCGCAGUUGCUCGUGGCGGGGCAGUUUCCCAUCACCUGCCUGCCCGAGACUACUCCAACGGGCUCGCGUGUGCGGAGACUGGAGAGGCUGGCCGACGACCCUGGCCCUGACAAGCUGAAAGAGCUGCUGUCCCAAUCGCAGCCCUUUUUCUUUCCCGGUGCGCUCGAGUCGUGGCCAGCUCGAACGAGAUGGAACUCCCUGGCAUACUUGGAUGGCAAGGCUGGACACCGGCUGGUACCCACCGAGCUCGGAAGCAACGUGGGGGCAGACGGCUGGAAGGAAGAGCUCAUGCCUUUCAGCCGGUUCCUUGAGGAGUUCUUGGCCCCCAGCUGCAGAGGAGCCCAUGCACAAACUGCUUACCUGGCGCAGCACGAGCUCUUCGAGCAGUGCCCCGUGCUGCGAGCAGACAUCGCCGUGCCACAGACGUGGCAGGAGGUUCUGGGAGCACCAACCCGCUGCAACGCCUGGGUGGGAACGAGCAGGACCCUGACACCUUGUCAUUGGGACUCGUAUGACAAUUUCCUGGCGCAAGUUCAAGGAUUCAAGCGGGUAGUGCUGUUGGCCCCGAACCAGCACACGAAGCUCCAUGUGCGGGUGGAUGCCGGCACGGGUGCGCAAGGCAACAUCUCUCCGGUGAACGUGGAGGAGCCAGACCUGAACCAGUACCCAGACUUUCGUGAAGCAGAAACCCUGGUGGUGGACCUGGCUCCGGGCGAUGUCCUAUACAUGCCCAGCGGAUGGUGGCAUCAAGUGCGCGCUUUGACCCCCUCCAUCUCCGUCAAUUUCUGGUACUGA